AUGGCAACCCGUGGUCCACGAAAGGUAGUCAUAGCUAUAACUCUAUUUUUCUUCCUUCUUACAUUACAGGCAUUCAUUGGACACCGCUACUAUGACGCCGAUACAGCAGUCACGUCUAGUGGGUAUCCCUCUGAUACAUCGUUGAACGUCACUGCCGCCGUAAAGCCGCAUAGUCCAGAUGCCACAGCUGACAAUGAGUCUCUGCGCUACAUCCCACACAGCACCAUACAGACAUGGAGGGAGCGUGACUACCUCAUUGUGUUUGGCAUCCCAUCCAUUGACAUUGAAGCGAGGCGGAGACGCCGUUAUCUGCAGCGGACCACGUGCUGGCAGUUCCCCGGUGUUGCACGGAGGGCGAAUAACUUCACUGGGGCCAUGUUGGUGUUGUAUGUACUUGCACGGCACCCAUCACAUGGCUAUAAGCAUUCUGCUGCACUACUGGAGGAGGCUGAUGAGUAUCAUGAUAUCAUUACACUGCCGAUGAAUGAUGCUCUGCCAACAACGAACAAAACAAUUGGUGGAGCUGGUCAUUGGGGUACCGAGGCCGGUAUAAGUAUGAGUCGAAAAACGUACUUUUGGUUUGAGUUGGCACUGCGAGUGUUCCCGAAUGUGAGCUACAUUUCGAAGGGAGACGAUGACAUGUUCUUGCGAGUACCACAGUUUUUAACUGAUUUGAACGUGUUGCCUUUGAAGAAUAUAUAUUUUGGAUUACCCAUUGGUGGUUCUCUUUUAAUAAAUAAUAGCAUUGUUGGCUUUCGAUUUGCUAGUGGAAUGUGCUAUACCUUGUCAAGGGAUGUGGCAGAACAGUUUGUCGCCUUCGAGCCAUUAAGACGAUUGGUCCAGCUUCGUUACAGCAAAAAUCGGGAGUCGGAGUUUUUCUCGCUUAAUAUGAAUGCGGAGGAUGUUAUGGUGGCCCGUGUACUAUUAGUUGAACUCCAGUACAAACCAUUGGUUUUUGCUGGUGUUUUGCCCUGCAGGUUCCAUAAUAUUCGUAAUGACACCGGCCAUUUUAUGGUAAACCGAAACUCUGUUGUGGUGCAUCACUUGCGAGAAGAUGAGUAUGCGAUGCUGAUGGAUAGGUUUGGCUAUAUUGCAGCGUAUACCCCAAAAGUGCAAAAGCUGCGAAAGCGGCAAUUUCUUAGGUUUUUGUGUUAG